AUGAUAGAUAAGAAGUGGAUUUUCCAAGAGAAUAGAUUAUCGGUGGAGUAUUUCAACGGACUUAAGAAUUUUCUUAAAUUAUCAUCCUUUCACUUGAAUGAUGAAAAUAAGAUUCGAUGUCCAUGUGUUUCAUGUAUGAACUUAUACUAUUAUGACUUGGAGACAAUUGAGCGUCAUAUAUUUGUAAAAGGAUUUUAUACAAAAUAUGUUCUAUGGGAGUUUCACGGGGAAGAUAUCACAGGAAUACGUGAGGAUCAAGAGAAUGCAGAAUCAAACGUUGAGGAAGACAAUACAUUAUAUGAUAGUGAUGAUGAAGAUGAUGACGAUAUGAUACCAGCAUUAGAGGAUUUAUCUAAUCAAUCUCAUAGAAAUAGUGAUUUUGUGAACCUUGGAGAUUCAAAUGGCGACAACAAUGCAAGGAAUUCAUUGCCUAACUUAUUUGAUGAAGCUGAAAAGGAGUUGUACCCCGGAUGCACGGUAUUCUCAAGCUUAACAUUUAUUGUUAAUCUAAUGCACAUUAAAGUGAUGUGUGAUUGGAGUAACAAAUCAUUUGAUCUGCUAUUGGACUUACUUUGGAAAGCAUUUCCCAAAGACAAUAAGAUUCCACGGUCGUAUUACGAGGCUAAGAAAAUGUUGCGUGAUCUUGGUUUAAGAUAUGAAACCAUUCAUGUGUGUAAGGACAAUUGUGCUUUAUUUUGGAAAGAGAAUGAAAAUGCUGAAAGAUGUCCUGUAUGUGAUCAUGAACGAUACAAAUUUCAAGGAACUAAAGGCAAGAAGAUCCCAUACAAAAAGAUGCAAUAUUUUCCCAUAACUCCACGUCUACAACGACUUUUUAUGUCUCGCCAUACAUCAACUGAUAUGAGGUGGCAUAAGGAAGAACGUGUUGAUACUGAUGGUGAACUUAGACACCCAGCUGAUGCAGAAGUCUGGAAGGAUUUCGAUCGAUAA